UUCACGGACGACGACGUAGAAUAGCGCGUAUCGGAAUGAAGUGAAAAACUUGUAACGUUUCAGCGGAUGAAAAACGAAAGAAAAACAUGAAUGUUUAACGAAAGUGAAAAGUGUAAGGAAUAUCUAUAAAGAGUGGCAAAAUGCUAUAAAAAUUAGAGAGAAAAAAAAUUAAAACAAAAUGAAAUGCUCCUAGAAUUGAAAAUUCAUGGAAAAAUCCUUAAAAAAUGUCAAAACAAAUAAAUAACAGUAAUAAGAUUAAAUAAAAAUUUAGGCCUUCGGAAAGGACCCCCAAAAAAAGAAAAAAAAAAAGAAUGUGUGUGUGUGCGUGUUAGUGUCCUGUGUUUUUUGGGUAUCAUUGCGAUUUGUACCUUGUAUAAGUUCAUGUUAAUGUUUACAUACUGAACUGCCAGCCCGCCAGUCAGUCGCGUGUACCUUGAAUAAGUGUUUGUGUAGCUCAUAAGGUAUGCCGCUGCAGGCAAUGCUGCUGCCACUUGCUGUCCAUGGAUAUAGCCUUCAUUAGAUAAAGCUUCGCUGAAUAUCCAAGGUCAGCCAACCAAGCAACCCCCAUUCCCGUAGGAAAGAAAUGUAUAAAAUGACAAAUACCCUUUUUCCCAAAAACGAAACAUAUUGAAUUACAAAACAUUUUGUGAUGGCAAAUAUUUUCAUAACAAGGGAAAAAUUCAUCAUUGGAAUAUAUUUUUGUGAAAAAUGUCAAAUAUUUAUUCAUAUCUAAAAAAUGUAAUCAAAUCCUGAGAAGGCCAAACAACGCUCACCUAGCUCGGUUGGUAAUCUCCGAACAGGAAAAAAGGAAUCAAAAAGACGAAUGAAAUUCCUGGAAAAUCAAUAUUGAAAAUAGUGAAAUGUCUCAGUUUGAUGAUAAACCUCAAAGACGAAUAUCCAUCACUGUCCACCAAAUAUCCAAUAAAUUCCAACAAACGUCACAGCCACAGUCCCUAGUGUUGUCACAAGCAGCAGCCGCAACCGCAUUGCCAGCACCAUCACCACCACCACAAUAUGACCACAAAACGAGCCACAACCUAUGGCCAUCAUACCCAACAUCAACAGAGACGUCCACCUGACGUCGAAGAGGCCCUGUCAUCCAUGUUGUGGACACCGUAUGAACGAGCCUCCGUCACGGACACCUCCUCGGACGAUGAAGAUGAACUAUUGAAUCGCCAUCAACAGCUGAGGAAAUCCAAAAGUCAAUAUGAUUAUACCAGCAUACCCACGAUACCACCGUCGCCGACACCCACGCCAACACCAUUGAUGCUGCCAGCCGCAAAUAUUGUGGCCUACAUACCGACACCAACACAUCAUCAAGUUGUAACACUGCCGCCGGGCGUGGCAACAAGUACCUACUACGCGGCCACAGCCGAAGAUAUAUGUGAUGCAUCUGUAACUACACCGUUAGUGCCUUUGUCCGGUCUUAUUCUGGAUGCCGGUAACGGUCAUUUAACUACCAUGGCCGCAGCGGCCGAUGAGAUACUGGCCAGUUCCAAUUCCACCGUUAUUGCGGUGGCCGUCAAUGAUGCACACACCACUUGUUAUCCCCCUGCUCCUCUGGCCACUGCUAAUGAGUCAACAUUAGCCAAUGAUGACGGCGAUAUGAGUUCCUCAUUUACAGCAUCGUUAGAAAAUCAUAAAAAUCGCUUCUCCUUCACUUCCUAUGGUCGCAUAACGGGCCUAAACAAAUGGUGGCCCUCGUCGCACUCAUCAAAUAGUAAUGGAAUAGCUACAGCUACCUUACCACCACCAAUCUCAUCAUCUCCAGCCCAAAUAGCGGAAGCCAGCGUGUUGGGCUCAUCUGCUCUAGGCUCAUCAACAGCCACAACUGCCUUGACUGCCGCCAACACACCGGCUGAGCCCAAGGAACCACCCUCCUAUGAUUCGCUCUACUCGAAAGCCCAGCAACGUCAACAACGACGACUUCAUCGUCACGCCACUACAACAUCGCAUCAUGGUAAACAUUUGAAUAUUUUCAAGCCGGUACUGGAGACAUUAAAAGCAAAUGUGUCAACAAUUACCCAGGGUCGUUUUGCCAACAUAUCAUCCUCGUCGCCAUCGUCGUUGUUGUCGCGCCAGGAUAAUAGUACUCGCGGACGAAAUCCUAAUACAACUUACAAUCCUAACAGCAAUCAUAAUAUCCGCAGCAACAGCAGCCGCAGCCAGAGCAAUAUCAACAGCCAUAGCAAUAAUCCUUGUAGCAGCGAAACUGGUAACCCUGGUUUGGAUGUUAGUAGCCGUAGUCCUGACAGCACUGAGACACAUUUGGUUCAUUCAUUUACAGAUGAUUUUCUAGCCGAGCAAUCCCCCAAUACCAGACAUCAGCAACAUGUUGCUGCCAAAAAUGUUGAUAAUGCACGUAUCGUGAAUGCGUUGAACAAUAACAACAACAACCCCAUUAAUAAUAACAACAACAUUGUCAGCUGUUCCAUAACCCCAAUUGACGAGAGCACAGAACCUGCAGUACAAGAAAAACUACAAACACAACAACAAUGUAAUACCGGAGCUGACGCCACAUCAAUGAUUCAUCGCCCAAAUCAGCUGCUUACUGGAAACGACCACGACGUACACGAUCAAAACACCACCACGACAACUACGAAAAGCAUAUCACAACAAACGGACGAUGAACAACUGGAAGAACAGGAAACCGAAAAUAAACAAAACAAUAAUUUUAUUUUCAAUUCAAAACACCAACAACAGCUGCAGCAACGACCCCACCAACAACAACAACACGACGACUAUCAAACACUUUGCUGCAACGACGACGAAACGAUUUAUGAACAAAGCAUAGAGUGUGAUAAAAUGAACCCCAUCGAAAUGAAUGCGUACCGAGAGCCGAGAGAGUUCAUGUACUCCGUUUAUUGUCACACCAGCCACCAUCCGCCGUCGUUGUGGAGAGCAAUGCCACCGUACGAGACCUCAGCCACAGCAGCGAUCAGUUUGACGCGUUCAUUCGAGCUAAACACAACGGCGUACGGACGGAAUAUAACAGCGUCGUCGUCAUCCGCAGUUCAUCAUAAAACUAGUUUCGAAAGAUCGCCAUCCAAAGCGAAGAGUAGUGAUACAACAACUUCAGCCACUACAACGUAUAAUUUAACACCCAAUAAAUGUUUGGCAGAAUUGGAACGUUUAUAUGCGGAAUUUCGGGCCAGUGAAAGUUUAAGAGAAAAACGCUUGCGCGAAUUGGAGGCCAAAAACGAGAACGGGGGCGUCGACGACAGUGGUGACACGAGCUCACAACGGGCCAAGACGGGACAACGGUUGUCGGGCGUUGAGACAAGCGAAAGUAACGCAAAUAUGCGUCUAAAUGUGCCCGCCUCCACGAACUCCACAUUCAGCGGCAAUGUGGAGGAGGCGGCGGCGGUGACCAAACCAAGUGAUACCACCAAAAUAAAUCCAAGUACCAGCAGUGUAUUCCUAACAACAACAAAUAGUGUUACGGCUUUAACGAAUCCGUGUCAGCGCACACCGAGUCUAACUAUACAAGUGAAUCAGAAUACAAAUACAAGUUCAAAUCAUUUAUCCAAUAAGAAUACAACUAAUACCAAUACCAUUAAUAAUAAUAACCACAACAACAACAACAAUAGUAAUGCUAGUGUAGGUGAAAUUAUCCUAAAUCAGGCCAUAGUGAAUGCAACAACGGCCACCACCAAGAAUGGUGUUAGUGUGAUAAAUUGUAAUUAUGUAAAUAAUGCCAAUAAUAAUAAUAACAACAACAACAACAACAAAAGUAUUACUAAUCUAUGCGAUAUUGCAACAAAUACAAAUCUCAACCUAACGCAAGGGAAUUUAAGAAAUACCCCAACGCCACCUACCAGCCGCAAUGGUAGUGGUGGUGGUGGCAGUAGUAGUGGUAGUGAUAGUAGUAGUCCCCGGAAAAAUAAUUCAAAUAUAAGUGAUACAACAACAACAACAGCUGCAACAAAAGCUAGUGUUAAUAAUUCUCAAAAUAGUUCAGUGCCUAAUUUGUUGAAAAAUAAUGAAAAUAAUAAUUGUAAUUCGCUUUCGAAUCAACCCGAUCAAGCCCAUGCGGGCAGUGUUAAUGUCAUUCAAGUCAAUGGUAAUAUAACAGCACCCAUUUCGCGCACCUUCACCUCCACGGAAUGUCAAACGGAUGAUGUUGCUGCCGUGCAACUGAGAUCGCCCCGCACCCAAUGCAAUGCCACGCAAUCGGGCACGCCAUCCAACACCAAUGGCCGUGAUCGUGAUCAGCGACGUCGUGAAAGACGUGAGCGACGUCAUUUGCAUCAUACCGCCUCAAUGAUGGUGGCACCCACCCACUCGCAUCAUCCUGGGCGUCAUCAUGGCCAUUUGGAUCGCCAUUCAAUGCCUGCCCCACCAUUACCUCCCAUCUUACAUCCGCCACAUAUGCAUCCUGGCUUAAGCCAGCAUCCCCACAAUGUUGCCAUGAUGAGACCAAUGUUACCGGAUAUUCUCCACAAUCAUUUUCCGCCACCAUAUAGUGCUCUGCCUUCCCAACCGGGGGCAACACAUCCCGGCGCCAUGGCUGGAGUUAGUGCCGCCAGUAUGCCAAAUCAUCCAAAUGGACCGACUUUAGCGCAAUUUGCUCACGGCUGUCCAGCACCACCGCCACCACCCGGUGUUACCAUUUUGGGUCCUCCUCCACCGCCACCACCAGCGGGUACAACAAUGCUGACAUCGGUAAUAUCAACGGUGCCCAUACCCGGAGCCACACCAAUUGUAAACGAUGGUCGUUUUUCACUACCGUUGCCGAUAAUAAGAAGAUCACCCUCGGAACGUUCGGGCAAAGGUUGCUGCGGUCAAUGGUUUGCUGGUCCUCCGCUACGUGCCUUAAUAGCUGUUGUCGCCUUGGGCGGUGUGGCUUGUGCUUUGGGUGGUGCUGCAUUGGGCGCCACCGGUUUGGCCGGACCUCCCAGUUCACACUUUACAGCGGCCCUGCUAAUGAUUGGUGUUGGUGUCGUCCUGGUGACAGUCAGUGGUGCUGCAUGGCGUAUGACGGCUCCGGGUGGACCGCCCUGUCUGGGCUUGGGUUCCAGUGUCGAUUUGGGCAGAUGUGGCAGACGACCGUGUAGUAGAGGUGGUGGUGCACCACAGGGUCUACUCUAUCCAGAAUUUCAACAUAGGCCACCGCCUCCCUCGUAUCAAGCCAGUAUGCAGGAAUAUCGUUUAAGACUACUACUUUUGGAUCGAGAUCGCCAAAAUGGCGUAGUUCGUGGCAGUUCACCGCCUCCCACUUAUCGUUCGCAUGCCGGAAGUUUGCUAAGAGCCCCCCUGACCUCCACAAUACGCGGAGCUGGUGGCAUUGGCGCCACAGGACGUGCCGAAAGCAGCAUUGGCGGCUCUGAAUACAGUUUCCCACCCAGUUAUCGUUCACGUAAUACCACACCUGGUACUAUCAGCAGUGAGCGUAGCAUUGAAACUGAACCCUCCGGACGGUUAUUAGCUAAUGAAGAUAUUCCCGAGCCAUUGAGUGUCGAACAACUUUCAGAAUACAACACGCUACAGCAGAGAACAAUACAGGCCAGAUUGGGUACAUCUUUGGCCAACAAUACAACGACAACAACAUCAGCAACUGUGAAUUCGACGACUAUGGUUAAUGGAGGCGGUGUUGGUUCAAACACAAAGAGUCAGUCAGAGGAAAAGCGUAAUUCAAUACAAUUGGAGCAAAAUUGUAUUAUUACCAAACGAGAAUCCUCCUCGGGUGGUGAUAAGAAGGAUGAUUUGGUUACCAUUGUUACCAUAACACCACAAAAUGAAAUUGACUCGAGCCAAAAUAUGGUGGAGAGUCAGAAUUCAACAAAUUUGGAGGUGACACAGAGUGGCUCAAGAGAACAAAUUGAAAUUUUGGCACAUCUAUGAGAGCUAAAAACAAACAAAAAAAUUAAUUAAAAAUAUAUUGAAAAACUAAAACUACAUAUGUAUAUCUCCAGUGAUUGCUGAAUAUGAAACUAGGCUUUAAAACGGGAAAGUAUUCCCCUAACUUUUCGAAUACCACAAGUAAACACAAUAGAUCCUGAUCCUGAGUCAAAAUAUGAUAUGAGCCAAAAUAAAAAUAAAUAAACCUAUUAAAUACACAUUUUUGGAUUUGGCUGAAAAGAUGUCAGUUCCAAAAUGAUGUUGCAUUUUCCAAUGCAGGGCUGGAAAUGUUUUAUUACUUCAUGAAAUUGGCCAAACUCUAAAUUCAGGCUUCUCAGUCCUACAAUCAACUGCAAACAGUUUGUUGUAUAAAAAUCAUUAAAUAACUACAAAAAGAGAACAAUUUUCUGUUAUAACUUAAAUAUUAAACUCAACAACAACAGCAACCAACUACAAACAAUAUUCUCAUUAUUAAUCCAAAGGUAUUUAUUUUUAUAUAACCACAAAAGUAUAAAACGAAAACAAAACAAAAACAAUAUAAUAAAGUAAUUGUUAAUAUAAUAUUUGUUAAAUAAACUUUAAUUUUUUUCUUGUUGUAUAUAAAUCCAGUUUUUAAUUUAUGUAAAUAAAUAUUUUCUCAUUGUGAAAGUAACAAUAUACCAUGAAAAUUCAUAUAAAUAAUAUCAACUAUAUUAUUAACUAUUAGUAAUAAUAAAUAUUAUAUUAAUAAAUGUUUUUAUGUAAUUUAUAAGUCAAGUAAAGGUACCCAUGCUCCACAUAUAAGCGAGUAAUAUAAAUAUGUAUAUGUAAACUAUGAAGGCAAAAACAAACAAAAACAAAAACACUUGUAAAACAAAAAUAAAAUUAAAAAAAAAAACAAACAAACAACUUCAUUACAGAAAAACAAAUAAAUGUAUGAAAAAAUUGUUAGAAAAAAAUCGAAU